UUCCCGGAGGUCCUGAUGUGUGCAACAUGGCGGUAAACAGUCGCAAAAGAGCACGAUACUCAGAAGUUCACAGUCCAGAGUUGACGCUGUCUCAGGGAAGCGUUGACGACGAGACACUUGAUUGUUCAGAGUGGAGCUGCGAUGGCGUAGUUUCGUUCUUGCAAAAGCACGGUCAUGCCGAUGUAGCUGAAAAAUUCAGAGACGAAGAGAUUGAUGGUGAAUUAUUGCCUGAUGUGCAAUUGCCUACCUUGCAUAACAUGGGAAUUCGUUCUGGUAAGAGCUUGAAAAUUUUGCAACUACUAAGAAGAUUUAGGAGAGAUGCACCACUCGAACACAGCUACAAGAUUUUCAAUGAUCCGAUUCACGGUCAUAUAGAGUUGGAUCCUCUAUGUGUUCAGAUUAUUGACACCCCUCAGUUUCAAAGACUUCGCUACAUAAAGCAAUUAGGUGGUUGCUAUUUUGUGUUUCCUGGUGCUUCUCAUAAUAGAUUUGAGCACUCACUUGGUGUAUGUUUUCUUGCUGGCCGGCUGGUAGGGACUUUGCACAAGCGGCAACCGGAGUUGGGUAUUACUGAGCAGGACAUACUCUGUGUCAAAAUUGCAGGACUUUGUCACGACCUUGGUCAUGGUCCAUUUUCACAUAUGUUUGAUUCAAUGUUCAUACCAAGGAUACGUCCUGACAGAAAUUGGAGGCAUGAAGAUGCCUCUGUUCAGAUGUUUGAGCAUUUGAUUGAGUGCAAUCACGUGGACUUUAAGAAGUAUGGAUUGAAUGAUUUAGAUCUUGAAUUCAUCAAAGAGCAGAUUGCUGGUCCACGCCCGACGACUAAUCCAGACGAUUGGCCAUAUAAGGGCAGAGAUAAAAGCAAGGCAUUCCUUUAUGAGAUUGUUGCUAACAAGCGAAAUGGCAUUGAUGUGGACAAGUGGGUGGUUGUGUUGUGUACAUUUGCUGGUACAUACAACUGUUGGUUUAGGAUUACUGAAGCUCUGAUAAAGGCAAACGACUACCUGUUCGUGCCCGGAAAGGAUGGUCAAAAGGUGAAGAUGUCCGACGCAAUAGAAGACAUGGAAGCAUACACAAAACUUACUGACUACGUAUUUCAUCAGAUACUUUUAUCUGAUAAUGAAAAUCUUCAAGAAGCAAAGGAAAUUCUGCAAAAAAUCGAGAGAAGAGAACUAUACAGAUGUGUGGCAGAGUGUCAAGUUUAUGAUAGGACAUUUUCCGAAAAAGACCGAGUAAGGGUUGCUGAACAGAUAGUAAAUACUGCUGUGCCAGUGGAUGAUGACAAUCAGGAGGUUGAGCUUGUUCCUGAUGACGUUGUUGUUGAUUUUGUCAAAUUUGAUUACGGGAUGGGCAAGAAAGACCCAAUCGAAAGUGUGAGGUUUUACAUGAAAAAUCAUCCUGAUAGAGCAGUCAACGUCAGGAAGGAGCAGGUCAGUCAAAUGCUACCAAGGGAAUUUGCCGAACUUCACAUUCGGGUCUACUCCCGCAAGCGUGAUAAAAGCAGCUGUGACGCUGUCUUUAGUCGCUUUGAGAAGUGGUGUAAGGAUAGAGGAUGCAGUGUGCCAAAGGGCGGAGAUAUUGAUCCAGAACUGACUCCCUACAAAACUCCCGUGAAGUUAAGAAGUGAAAGUCACUCAUCAUUGUUAUCUGCAGCAACAGCAGGAACAUCAAUACAACACGCUAAGAAGUCUUUGUUCAGUAGUACGGAAAAUAGGGGAAAGUAGUGACAGACUUGUUGUUAUAAAGUAUUUGAUAAUACCAAAUUAAUUAGUCUUGUGGUUGUCAUUGGCUCUCUCCUACGGUUUCAAAUUGCCCACUAUAGAAGGUUAUUGACAGGACAAAUAGUGUAUGCCAGCAUGGUGUCUAAGUCACAGUAUUGCGCUAGUUUAGCUAAUCUUUGCGCCUGUUUCUUUAUUGGCAAUAGUAUUCAUGACUUCUA